AUGAUUCAUAAUCAGUACAGAGAUAUAAAACUGAGGAAAUGUUAAAAAAAUAUUUGCUUGUGUGUAACCUUAGAACAGUCGUUGUGGAACUGUUGUAUUUAUUCCCCAGUUUCUGGUCGGAGCUUAACAUUGGGAACACAAAAUGGCGACCUCCCUGCUGCGAUUAGGACGACUGGGUUCUCUCAAGCAUCUCCAGUUGGAGAGCUUGGGUGUCCUGAGGAGUUACCCAGCUGCUUCUCUCUGCACUCAGGCUGAAGAGCCCCCAAAGCCAACCAAAAAGACAAAGGCUGCAAGCAAGACAGCAGAGGCUCCAGAUGAGAGAGCAACCCUGCUAGCCUACAAGACUGCAGUUGCCUUCCCAGUUAGAUUUUCACAGCCAGGGGUUUUUCCAGCAGAGUCUCUAGGUGUAGCUGCACCAGUGGCCAGUUCCACUACCGCUGCAGCAGCGUCUGUCACUGGUGAUCCAGCUGUAGCUGUGCCGCAGGAGGAGACUGUAAAUGUUGCUCACAUUAUUGAUGAAACACCUCCACCUGCGGGUGACGCAACAGCUGCUGAGCCCCUGGUCAAUGCAGCCAAUAAAACAACUAUACCAAAUGACUCCCCAGUUGCAGCCUCUGCCUCAGAUGAUGCAGUUGCACCUACUGCAGCCUCCAGUGAGUGUGGUGAUCUAGCAGCUGAUGGAUCAUCAUCGUCCAGUGACUCAGAUUCUGACUCUGACUCUGACUCUGAGAUUGAGGAGUCAGAAGUUAAGACUGAAACCAAGACCUCACCUCCAGAGGUUGCAGAAUCCACCGUGAAAGAAGAAGCAGAAGUCCAGGAAGUCAUCUCAGAGGUAAAGAAAGACACUAAUGAAGACAAGAACGAAAUUCCUCCAGAAUCUGCUUCUGCUGCUGAGGCUGUACAGGAGACUGCCCCAGUAGCAGAAGUAGCAACAACAGAAGCAGCUCAAGCUACUAUGGAGAUGCCCAGUGUCAGCUCUGAGGAGUUAGUGGAUUCUGCUUCUGAGAUCUGCACUGCCACAGAAGACACUCCAGAGGUCAGCACCAAAGUUUCAGCAGAUGCUGCCAUUAAACUUGCUCCAGAAGUGAUCAAAUUAUCUCCUGAUGUCCCUGAUGCCAAAGUAGAAACUCCAGCUGAAGUCAUGACAGGGGCUGCAACUCCAGAAAAAUCCCCCAUUGAUGCUCCUGUUGAAACUACAAAGCCUGCCUCUGCUGAAGCCAAUGGAGAAGCUGCCCCUGUAGAUGCUGCUGGAGCCCUUGGAGAAGCUGCAGAAGCUGCCCCUGGAGACACUGUUGAAGCCAUUGGAGAAGCUGCUGAAAUUGCCUCUGUAGAAGCUGUUGAAGCACCCACAGAAGCUGCCCCUGUAGAGGCUGCCACAGAGUCUUUAGAAGCUGAAGCUGCUCCCAUUGAAGUAGCUGCUGAGACUGCAGCUGAAGUUUCUGCCCCUGUAGAGAGCGCUGAGGAGCUGGUGGACCCUGCUCCAGCCGUACCUGAAGCUGCAGGGGAGGAGCUGCAGGCGGAGGCCCCAGUUGAACCAUCUGAGGAGGCUGCUGCAGCGGCAACUCCAGAGCCCGAGGAGCCGUUUGACAACAGCACUUAUAAAAACUACCAGCACCACAGCUACACCCCCUAUACAUUUGCUGACCUGGAUUUAGAGAUGGCCAAGUUUCGGCUCCCUCAGCCCUCAUCCGGCAGACCCUCACCCAGACACUAGGAGCUGGCCUGGCUGCAAAACUUAAUAAUGCUCAGAGAUGGUGGCGAUGGUGCCACCCUUCUUUAUGUAUGAUCAUCCCCCCACCUGUCACAGCAUGAAAUUCAGCUGUUAAAAUGUUAUAUUAUUAAAGUAUACAAAUAAGAAAUAAA